AUGGCCUCCCCUGGCUCCUCCGGUACCACCCGCAGCCGCCGCACCAAUCCGUUCAAAGGCCCCGAUCCCAUCGUCAUCCGCGACCUCAACAUCCUCGCUCGGGUUCCCGUCGUCCUCGACCACCUCACCUCCACCUACUAUGCAUGGAAGACGUACUUCCCCCUUGUGUUCCGGGAGUACAACAUCCGGGAUCACAUCGAUGGCUCCGUGGAUUCCCGCUUCAUGGAGGACGAUGAGGAGUGGAUGUCCAUCGACGCCACCCUCAUUCGUUGGUUCUACACCACCAUCUCGAAGGACCUCUUCCACACGGUGGUCUCCGCCGACGAUGAUGCUCAUGCCGUUUGGACCAAGCUCAACGGCCUCUUCACCGACAACGCGCUCCAACGCAAGAUUUUCUUGCACGGCGAGUUUUUUGGGUGCCAGCAGCUUGACUCGUCUGUCGACGAUUACUACAUGCGCCUCAAGAAGCUUGUUGAUGAGCUCCGUGACCUUGGUGAGAAGGUCUCCGACGAGCUCCUCCUCAGCACCCUCAUCGCCGGCCUGAGCGACGAUUUCGGGAACGCCGCCUCCAACAUCCCCCUCAUCACCAACCCGACGUUCCCCAAGACCGUCGCCUACCUGAAGUUGGAGGAGAGGCGGAUGCAGAUGUCACGCACCCGGGCCACCCACACCGCCCUCACCGCCGGUACUCGCGGCGGUGCGCCGCCCACCACCCCCCCGAGGCCCGCCCCGGGCCCCUUCCACGCACAGCCGCGGCCCGGGUUCCCCUACCCGUAG